CAGCAAUCUGACCCUCCCCUUAAUGGAUGUUUCCAGUCCAGGUGCUGCUGAUAUUCUUGUGUUACGGAAGCUGCGCCAUUCCGCUGGGUUACUGCAUACAGCUUUUCACGCGUAAGCCGGAAAACGUGUAUCUAACGGUGAUAAUUAUCAACGUCAUAGUGGUAUUAUUGGUCAACGGCUCUGUGAUAUUCCCGCUGGCCUUUCGCGCAUUCAGCGGCGGCGGAAGAUACAUUCUCGAAGCGCUCGUACACGCGUUUCCGCCGUACGUGUUGGCUUGCGCCCUGAGCAAUUACAUCAUGCUGAAUCUGUACAACAGACAGUGCAGUUAUUACAAUACCUGCGACACGGAAUUUUACAUCGAGGAUCCUUGCUGCCAGAACUGCAAAGCCGAGCACUGUUACAAGCAGCUGAACGUAAUGCUGAUCAAGCAAUCCGGUGCUGAAUAUCAUCACUCGGUUGUGGACGAUGUACUCUUAAUGAUAUCCCAAAUGUUUGCCUUUCAUAUAUUGCUGCAGAUUUUCGAGCAGAAAAAUCGCAGAAAAUGGAACAUUUAUUCUGUGUCUCCUGCGACGGACGAUAACGUCGUAGAGCCGGAAGUCGCGGAGGAGAAGAGGCGCGUUGAAGAAUACAUGAAACAGUUUGAAGAGACAAAAUCACUCCCGCCGCAAAUCGCGCUCGUUGUCCAGAAUUUAAAAAAGGAGUAUGCGGAGAGACCGGUGGUUCGAGGAGUUAAUUUCUGUGUAAGCGGAAUCGCCGAAAAUUCGGCAGAAACAUUUUACCGUGUAAACAGAAAUAUUUGCAUUCAGAUUCACAAGCAAGAGUGCUUCGGCUUGUUGGGAUUUAACGGAGCUGGAAAGUCGACGAUAUACAAAAUGCUGACGGAUCAAACGAAAAUGUCGGCCGGAAAAAUGGUGAUGUACGGUUACGAAUUAACGAAAAAUCGCGAGAUGUUUAUAGGUAUGAUAGGGUAUUGUCCACAAACCGAGGGACUGAGUGACUUUAUGACGGGAAGACAAUAUUUGCAACUUCACGCCGCACUUCGCGGUGUUCCGUACAAACAUAUCAAUGACGAAGUGAACAAGUGGCUGGAUGUCUUAGGUCACGUAACUCGGAAACUAAUUAGAAGCCUUGAACUUUUUCCCUUCAUUUUCUACAAACAAAUAGAUUGCACUGAAAUUAAAUCAGCAGAUAUGUUGGACUUUGAGAAUUUAAUAAUCGCAAAUUGCCCGUGGGGAAUUCAAAGAAAGAUCUGCAUCUUGCAAAGUCUGAUUGGCAACUUGCCAAUGGUGUUGAUGGACGAACCUUCCGCUGGAGUCGAUAUAAUGACUAAGCACGCUCUUUGCGAAAUCUUGCAACAAGUACGAGAAAUGGGGAGAACCGUACUGAUUACUACGCACAGUAUGGGAGAAGCGGAAGCAAUAUGCCUGCGCGUUGGAAUUUUGGUCAGUGGCCAGUUUACCGCGAUUGGAUCUUGCGAGAAUCUAAAGGCGAAACACGGUCGCAAUUUUAUAUUGAGCAUCAAAGUCAUACCAGGCUUUCAACUUGAAAACCUGGAGAAAAUCAAGAAAAUCAUCAACGAGGCUUUUCCAACUAUAAGGUUCAAAGAUAGCUACUUGGGUGUUCUUAAAUAUGAACUCGAAAGUGACAUUUUGUACAGUUACGUGUUCGACAAACUGGGAAAGUUGAAACAGAGAUACGUGUGGAUAACGGACUUUUCGAUCGGUCAGCCGUCCAUGGAUGAGGUAUUGUUAAAUUUUGUAACCGAGCAGGAAGAACCGCCCGAGAAAUUAACACUUUAUAGACGUAUCUGUUCCCGGAUUGCGCGUGUUAUUCGAAAAGCUUAAAUAAAAAUAUAUGGUAUUGUCUCUUUCGGAUAUACAAUAUUAUUUCACUUAUUAAACAUACAUGAAAAUCUCUUGCGUUCUCU